AUGACAGCAUUCCAGAAAGGCGUCGCCAGAGACAUGCUCCACCACAUGAACUACCUGCUGCAAGAUCAGGAGGACAACCAAGCGACCAAGACGGCCAACAGGACACUCGGAGAUCAAGGCGGACACCGCAUCAACAUGGCGGACGACGGCCACAGUCGCGCCACCAUCCCUGCCACCGAUCCCUUCAACCCAAGGACUGGCACCCACGGUGGACAGCAGGACCAGGCACCAGCACCCUGCGGCGGCGACUGCUGUGGACAACACCGGUGCCCAACAUCGCCGUUGGAGGACAUGCCCCAGCCACGGCUGUCCACGGCUCAGAUCAGGAUCGCCGACAAGCAGACGCCAAGGGGCAACGAGGUCCACAGAUUCGAUCAACGACAUCCUGUACUCUGCUCCGCCUCCACGCCCGCCCACGACAACAACGGGGAGGAGUACUACCCCGGCUACGACCACACGGGCUACACCACAACGGCGGAACAAACGCCCCUACCGGACAAACAAGCGACCGCCACCGACUUGACCAACUAA